AUGCAGGCCGUUCAGGAACCCUUUCAACUCGAUUCGCCGUCCCUGGCCGAGCGCGAUGCCCUCACCAAGAAGGAAUCCGACAUCACCGAGGAGUCUCCUAUGCGCCUGCGCAUGGAGAAGUUCAUCAAGGAGCAGCAACAGAUCAUCGUGAAGGAGCUCGAAAAGGUUGAUGGAGGAAAGUUCCGCAAGGACGAGUGGACUCGUAAGGAGGGCGGCGGUGGCAUCACCUGCGUGCUGCAGGACAGCAAUGUCUUCGAGAAGGGUGGCGUCGGUGUGUCCGUCGUCUACGGCACCCUACCCAAGCCCGCAAUUGCUAAGAUGCGCGCCAACCAUAAGAACCUUGAUGACAGCGUCGACGCCCUCCCCUUCUUUGCCGCCGGCCUGAGCAUGGUUCUGCACCCCAAGAACCCCAUGGCCCCGACGGUCCACCUCAACUACCGCUACUUCGAGACAGCCCAUCCCGAUGGCACCUCCAACGCCUGGUGGUUCGGCGGCGGCAGCGACUUGACGCCCUCCUACCUUUUCGACGAGGACGCAGUCCACUUCCACAAGACGAUCAAGGAGACAUGCGACGCGCACGACAAGAGCUACUACCCGCGCUUCAAGAAGUGGUGUGACGAGUACUUCUAUAACAAGCACCGCGGCGAGUGCCGUGGCGUCGGCGGCAUCUUUUUCGACGACCUCGACGAGACCGAGAAGGACCGUGAGAACACAUUUGCCUUCAUUCAGGACUGCCUCAAGUCCUUCCUGCCCGGCUACCUCCCCAUCCUCGAGAAGCGCAAGGACAUGCCCUUCACCGAGGCGGAGAAGGACUGGCAACAGAUCCGCCGCGGCAAGUACGUCGAAUUCAACUUGGUUCACGACCGUGGUACCGCCUUUGGUCUGAACACCCCUGGCUCAAGAGUCGAGAGUAUCCUGAUGAGUUUGCCCCUGACGGCAAGCUGGAAGUACAUGCACGAGCCCGAGCCGAACAGUCGCGAGCAGCGUCUUGUAGACGUUGUGAGGUCGCCCAAGGAAUGGGUGUAG